CACCGCUCCACUGUUCGUCCAAACCAGCCAGAGCGUCUCUAUCAUCACCAACAUCUGGUCACCAUGAAGGCCGUUCACAUCCUCCUGCUCUGCAUGCUGGGAGCCGCUCUGCUGGCCACUGUCCUCUGCAACAAUGGAAAUGGUCCUGACAACUGCUGCUUUGACUUCUUCAAAAACCCGAUGGACAAAAAACGAAUGUCUUCAUAUUACAGAACGGAUCCUCGCUGCACUGUGGCUGGAGUUAUCUUAAUGACACUUAAGGGACGGGAAAUCUGUGUGGAUCCAAAUGAGUCCUGGGUGAAGAAAGUUAUGAACUUUGUGGACAGAAAGACCAUUUAAAGUUGCUGCCAUCUGUCCUGAUGGUCCAAUAAAACUCAUUCGACAAAGAGAUAAUGUUUUCACUAUCAUAAUUAUUUUGUUUCAAACAAUCAAAGAUUUUGCCUUUAAAUGUAAUCAUUGUUGAUGUUUGUAUCAUUUCUUUUGGAAGCUUUGUACAUUAACUAUCAUACAUCAGUGACUGGAACCGUUCAGAUUCAUGUUGAUUUGAUUUUUUUCUUUUCUUAUUGUUCUGUUUUCAUAAUUUUCUCUAAUCAAACACAAAACCAUAAAAAAAAUUUCCUUUGGUUGUAAAUUUUCAUUUUCUUGCUUUUGUUCAAAAAUAAACCUGACUGA